AUGUCGGCGACAGGAGCCCAUGCCGUCGCCACCCUCGACGACGUGUGCACCUCGUCCUACGUCGCAGCCCACCUCCCAGCAAGCGGCUUCUACGACUACGUCGGCCUAACCAUCAACAGCGACAGCGUCACCGCCAACCCGGUCACCAACUACACCGUGGGCCCCACCGACUCCAACUUCUUCCCUGCCGCCAACUUCGACUACUGCAACGUGACCUUCACCUACAGCCACGACGGCCGCGACGACUCUGUGCUGCUCACGCUGUGGCUGCCGUCGCCCGCCAACUUCCAGAACCGCUGGCUGUCCACGGGCGGAGGAGGCUAUGCCAUCAACUCCGCCCUGGGCUCUCUGCCCGGUGGCGUCAUGUACGGCGCCGUGUCGGGCCAGACGGAUGGUGGCUUUGGCAUCUACCAGGAGAAUGCCAUCUCCACGUUCCUGGUCGAGAACGGCACUGUGGACUGGCAGAAUGUGUACAUGUUUGGGUACCAGGCCAUCCGGGAGUUGAGUCUGGUCGGGAGAGCAUUUACCCAGAACUUUUUUGAGAUGAACGGUACCAAGCUGUACACGUACUACCAGGGUUGCUCCGAGGGUGGUCGUGAGGGCUGGAGCCAAGGCCAGCGGUUCGGCGACGCCUACGACGGCGCAGCCAUCGGCGCCCCGGCCUUCCGCUUCGCCUUCCAGCAGGUGCAGCACUUGUACUCCAACGUGGUCGAGCAGACGCUGGACUACUAUCCUCCGCCCUGCGAGCUGGAGAAGAUCAUGAACGAGACCAUUGCCAACUGCGACGGCCUCGACGGCAGACUGGACGGCGUCGUGUCCCGCAACGACCUGUGCGUGGCCAACUACAACAUCAGCGCCACCCUGGGUCUCCCUUACUACUGUGCUGCCUCCAGCGGUGGCUUCGGCAAGAGACAGUAUGGCGGCGGCAGCACGCCGGCCCAGAACGGCACCGUGUCCGCCGAGGGCAUCGCCGUGGCGCAAAAGAUCAUCGACGGCCUGCACGACGACGACGGCAAGCGGGUGUACUUCUCGUACACGCCUACCUCGACCUACACAGACGCCGAGACCACCUACAACACCGAGACGGGCGAGUGGGAGCUGGACGUGACCUCGCUGGGCGGCUCCUUUGUCGAGGUCCUCCUCGAGCUGACGGUCGGCGACAACCUGCCCAACCUCGACAACGUGACCUACUCGACGCUCCGCGACUGGAUCUACCAGGGCUGGAACGAGUACCAGGACAGCCUGAUGACCAACUGGCCCGACCUGUCGCCCAUCAACAACGCCGGCACCAAGAUCAUCCACUACCACGGCGAGUCCGACUACAGCAUCCCCACCGACUCGUCCAUCCGCUACUGGAACUCGGUGCGCCAGGUCAUGAACCCCGGCGCCUCGUACAACGACAGCGUCGCCGCCACCCAGGAUUUCUACCGCCUCUUCCUCGUCCCCGGCGGCUCCCACUGCGCCCCCAACACCUACGAGCCCAACGGGCCCUGGCCCCAGACCAACCUGGCCGUGCUCAUCGACUGGGUCGAGAACGGCAACGCCCCCGACACCCUCAACGCCACCGUGCUGCAGGGCGACAAUGUCGGCCAGAACCAGCAGAUCUGCCUGUACCCGCUGCGCCCCUACUGGGCCAACAACGGCACCACCAUGGAGUGUGUCUAUGACGAGGCCAGUAUUGAGUUCUGGGAUUAUGACCUGGACUCGUUCCUGCUGCCCGUCUAUUAA